AUUGUGACUCAGGUGUCGCUGCUUGACAGCUGUUCAGAUGUUGGGCAGGCGCCUACAGCGCCAAGAGAGUAUGAAUCCUUCGACUGUGCCGCAAAACAACAAUACAUAUACCAGGUCAAGUCUCUUGGGAACUUCCACUGCAUCACAUCAACAUGGCAAGGUCCUAUAAUCGGCUGCUCACCGCAGUCUUGGCCUUGCUACUUCUGCUACCAUCAACCUUUGCAGCCGCCUGUACACCACAACCAACUGAUCGGGUUGUGAAAUAUGACAAAGCAUCGAAGUCUCAGCCAAAUGGCCAAGUUCUAAAAGAUAUUCUGGACGCGACAUCAGCUUGCGAGCCACUUCGUGUACUCAGAUUCGAGGGUCGGAGCGGUCACAUGAACGCGACUGCGAUCGACGAAACACUGCGCGCUCUGACGACACCGCUUGAGGAUGUUCACUGGAGCGUACGAGAGCCCAUACCCAGUUCUACUCUGCGGACCCUGGAGGAGCUCCAUCCUUCUGCACGCUUGCACUAUAAGAUGCCUUUCGGUUACUACGUGUCGACGGACGAUGUGAACGAAGGUGGCAAGCUCGUGUCUUGGAAGGAUUUAUUCAAGCGGAACUCGAACAAACGAAUGUCCUCCCUCGGGAGUAUCGUGUCCGCAGCCAAUCUAUACUCGUUGGAUGCCACCCUACAUGACAGGAGCCUAGAGACGCCUGACGACUUACCACUGGUACACGAAGUCCUCACCACUUGCAAGAACCUUCGAGAGCUCAACCUGGACAUCGUGAACGUUAUGACUUGUACGCCAGCAUCUAAUCCUCGCGCAUUCGAUUUUGUCAAGAAUCCUGCGCCGAUGGCAGCAUUGGAAGUUCUCAAGAUCAAGGGGAGAUAUGAUAUCGAGGCUACAAGCAGAGGAGAGAUGAAAAGUGAAUCUUGGAGCGUCCCAAAGUCUCAGUACUUCUAUAAGCCGUGGUCGUGGCUUCCGGACGCACUGUUGGAUUCGAUCCGGUGGAGAUUUGGAGACAGUGCUUUGAUGAACACCACUGCAUAUGACGAAGCCCUGCACCUUGAAUGGGCUGAGAAUGCCCGCUUAAUAGAAUUGCGAGGUCCAGAAAACUUGGUUGCUUGGAUGAGCAAGAUGGACUGGUCCAAACUUCGAGUCUUGCAUCUUGUUGAAGCAGAACGCAAAGUCCUGGAGCGAUUGGGACCUGUUCUCUCGAAUAUCGAGGAGUUGAAUCUGGGAUAUGGCUCUGGACCUGCAGCUGAAGUCUUGCCCACAUUUGUGCGAAACCUCACAGGCCCACUGACAAAGCUGUGCGUACGCAAUUACGACUUCAAAGACAACUACACGGAGUUCAUUCGGGCCCUCGGCGAGAGCUCUGGCGGGCAUCUGCAAUCCCUAUGCCUCACAGAACACUCAGAGUACCGCCACCAGUAUUGCUCCGGCUCUGACGAGAAACAAAAGUCCAUGCCUCAUCACUGUCCGACUUACUACACAGACCGCCCCUACCUUACCUCCUCCGACCUGCAUCUCCUCGCCCAAAACAUCACAAAUCUCACUUCUCUGAACUUCGACCUCCGCCGCCUCACUCCCAACAUCAGCGAUCCCACCACCUGGACCAUCGACGAAUCAACUCUGUACCUUGCAGCAAGCCCAUCAUUCCCCCAUCUCCAGAACCUUACCCUCCACCUCGACGCCCCAGAAAUGACGUACAAACGCGCCGGAAUUUGGUUCGAUAGACAAGGUUACCUGAACCGUCCCUCAGAAAUAAAAUUCCCAACCGAGCCGACGCUGAACAGAACUUACGUAUCGCAACUAUUCGAUAGAAUCAACAACUUGCGUACAGAAACAGGAUUAGAAAAGCUAGGGCAGCUAGAAAUCAUAGUCGGGAGAUGGAAUCAGAGGGAUACUGAAUUCGGGAUGAUGGGUGCGCCGAAUGAGUUGGUUGGAAAUUGGAUUUGUGAUUCCAAGGACCCUCUGAGGUCGGUCAGUGCAAUGGGAGAAUGUUAUGGAGGUAAUGCACCUUUGGAGUCGAUAUAUGGAAGAGCCGUGGGGAAGGAACCAUAUUCGAACGAUUGGAGUCAGCCGGAUAAGCCUGAUUUGGAAUAUGAAGACGACUAUGGAAUGUUGGAGCUUGAUGACCUUAAUGACAUUGCGGAGUGGUGA